AUGUCUACUCAAUCAGGUAUUACUGCAUCCAAAGAAUUGCUCAAUGAUUUCAAUAUUGACAAAAAUGAUAAAAUAAUUAUAAUUAAAAUUUCAAAAGAUUUAACACAAUUAAUACCUGAUGAAAAUUUCAACAGUACCAAUUCAAUAGAUUCAUUACAUUCAUACUUAUCAAAAGAAUUCCCACAACCAAGCUACAUCAUAAUACCAUACGAAAAUAUCAAAAUUUUUGUAUCGUUUAUACCAGAUUCAGCACCAAUUAAACAAAAAAUGUUAUAUGCAUCAACAAAAAAUACAUUAAUUACAGAACUAGGUUCAAAUAAUUUUCAGUAUAAGUAUUCAUUUACGGAGUUAGAUGAAGUUACUGAAACUUAUAUCAAGAAAUGUAUAAAAGAUGACAACUCGAUAAAUUCAGGGAAUUAUAAAGAUGCUCAAACUAAUGAUGAAGCUAUAUUAUCUAAAUUACAAAAUCAACUGAAUUAUGGAUAUAAAAGAGAAUUAGCAAGUAUGUCUAAUAAAGAUACCACAAGCGAUAAUAUUUUAUUUAAAUUUGAUUCAAAUUUAACUGACGAAUUUGAAAAUUCGUUAAAAGUAGAUGAAUUAAUUAUAUUCAAUAUUGAUUCUCAAAAAGAAUUAAUUCAAUUAUUGAAAAAAUCUUCAAAUGUCAAAUCAACCACCAUCAUUUCAGAAUUUUCAAGUUUAUCAAACGGUCCAAAAUACUCAAUAUAUAAUUACUCACCACAAAAAUACUCAUUCAUAUAUACUUGUCCUCUGGGAUCAUCAGUUAAAGACAGAAUGAUAUACGCAGCUUCCAAGAACAGUUUGAUACACGAAUUGAAAAAGAAAUACUUUACUGACGCUAAAAUUUUUAAAAAUUUAGAAGUUGGAGAUUUAGAUGAAUUGGAAUUGACUGAAUUAGAAGAUCAAGAAGAUGUAAAAGAUGAUGAAUCAGUCAGUUCUACUUCAAGUUCAACUACUAAUAAUAAUUCAAAUAAUGGAUUAAGGUUUAGUAAACCUAAAGGUCCACGUCGUAGAUAA